UCGUUGAGCUCUGAAUUGAAAGAGUACGUGUCUAAACGGUCAACGCUCGCGAGUUCCGAUUCGCGGUCAGGAGCGAGUGACAGAUAUUCGAAGUGUUCUUCUCAGAGACAGUGCUUCUCAUCCGAGACCCGCAGUGAGCAUGGGAAUUUUCGACUUGGAAGAUUGGAGAUCCCUCUGGAAUCUGAACAAGCCGCCCAAAUCCUUCCGAAGUCAGUACAGUAACUUCUCCGUGAACUCGACGCUGAAUCGGAGCUAUGGCGACCUUUCCACAAGUCAGCGGAGAUACAUGGCCAGGAAGAACAACGAUGAAGUCGAUGCGCGUUCCUUCCUAUCCUUGGAACGACAACUUUCGAAAGCAAGUGGAAAACGCGGCGGAUCCCUUCCGCCCCCAUCCGGUCGACGGGCUCUGAGUGCCGCCAAUACACGAGUCCACAACGCCAACGGAAUGGUGGAGCCGACUCGGCAGCCGGAAAAUUUCCGAACGGCACCCACCACGAAUGAACUGCCUGCGAAGCCACCACUGAAUGACAGCGAUAGCUCUCCGGAAUCGAAGGGCUCCGCGAGGGUGAGCAGGCAGAAUCAACCGGUACUCCAGCGUCCGACCAGCAAGAUCGCUUUGAGUGGUGAUUCGUCGUGGAUAAAACCGCGGAAGGAUCUGGACUCCUCCUUCGAGCUCGUCGACAACGACAAGAACGAUCUUGGAGCGCAACGGCAAAAUCAUCUUGCGAAAGAACCAGUGAAGAAUUGGGAAAAACAAUUGAAUCGCAAGUCCAACGAGAAUCUGGGCAAUCGGUACGGGAAUGCGGCACGAUCCAGUGCACGGAACUUGUUGGCCGACGAGUCCGACGAGCAACCUACGACGUUCAUCGAGGCUCGUCGUAAAUUCCAGCAGCUCGCUCAAGCCAGUCAUGAACGACACGCUCAAGCGUACAGCGAGCCGUUGCGUGUGAAAUUCAAUUCCCAGCAGAACAUACCGAGCGGCGACAGAGCGCAAAUGAAACAAUAUCAAUCGGCGGCGGGCUUGGACGUCUAUGAUUACCCGAGAAAAAACGCGGACAUCCAGAAACGCGACAGUCUCUACAACAGAGCCAACAGCUCGGGUCUUCCGGAGCCUGUGCGUAGCAGCAGUUCGUACGACGCCAGACCCGCGCGAGUCGAGCCGGCGAGCCUUCCAGCCGCCCGUCGCAACAUCGCUCUGCUCGGACUGAGCUCCGAUAAGUCCGAAACCGAGGUGGCUGACGCGGUCGUGACAUCGACACCUCGCUCUUCGACGAGGAAAUCCAAGUCGCGCGAAAAUCUCCUCGAUCCUGACUGGGAUACGCUAGAUAUCGUCUUGAAAAGAUCCAAGAAGAGAUCCGAAGAACUCGGUUUCGUGAUUCGCGGAGGACUCGGCGAAGAAGUUCGGUCCGGGGAUGCUCAGAUAUACGUGUCACAGAUCAUUCCUGGAGAACUCGCGGCUCUCGAUGGAAAGCUCCGGGUUGGAGAUAUUAUCGUUGCUGUUAAUGGACACGACAUGAGAUCCAUGUCGCACAAGGCAGCCACCCGUUUGCUGAAUUUAUCCGGAAGCAUGGUUCGACUGACGGUGAAACGAUUCGUCGGCAAAAUUCACAUCAUGCAGCUGGUUCUCGAAAAGAACGGGCAACCGCUAGGUCUCACUGUGACGGGGGGUGUCGGCAAUGAAGUCCCCGGUGGAGGUACCGCAAUCUACGUCAAGAACAUCAAUCCGAACGGCGUAGCAUAUCGCGUCGGGGGGAUCGAGGUCGGCGAUCAGAUACAAAAAGUUAAUAACACCGUCUUGACGGACGCUUCUCAUCAUUUCGCCACGGAGUGCCUGCGGAACGCGGAAGAUCCCGUAGCUCUCGUCAUAGCCAAAACCGGCAGAAUAAAUCCCAUGCUAUUCAUUGAGCAAUGAACUUCGGACAGAAUUUGCCUGGGUCGCGCAGCAAACGCUCAUCUGCGCAUAACGGCGAGCUGAGUCAGCAAACGUAACUGGAUCGUUCGGUCGAAGAUGGCGCUGACUGAGAAUGCUCGUCGGCUCAGAGGGCCAUUCCAUACUGUUAUUCGCUUUUCGGAAUCGAGAGGAAGAUCCCUAUACACUAGAGAGAUCGGAGUGUCCCAUAAAUCAUGAGAUUCGGGCGCCAACUCUCGUAUAAGAAUAUUUCUAAAAUUCAUGCGAGCUCAGACCGUCCUCGGCCUCUUCAGCCCAGGAGGCUGUGAUGGGAAAGCCUCAUUAUCAUUAUUUCUCAUUAUCGCUUCUAUAAUGGCCGAAAGCUCCCGAGCCCCCCGGGGGGAUAAUUUCAUGACUCGAGGAUUCGAGUAGAGAGCGACACCCCGAUAUUCUUCAUUGAUUCUGGAAGGUCCAUCGCUAUCCGAGGUGUGCAUGGACUAGAUCAGGAGACCGUCGGAAAUAUUCGGCUCAUGAGGAAGGUAUGCGUUGA